CGGGGCCCUGGGUUGGGUCCUCUCCUCACGGUCCUUCCUCCCUGCCUGCCUGCAAAGUGCUCGGGUGUGAACCAUCCUUCCCUUGAUCCUGCUGGCCUGUCUCACCCUCCUCACUCUCGGAGCCAAGGGCGCUGAUAAGUCCAGCCUCUCUCCCUCUGCCUCUUGUUUCUGGAAAAGGCAAUGACUGUGUUUGGGUCCGUUCACCAUCCCCAUGGCCCCCUCCCCAGGCCACUGCUUCCGUAGCGUCGCAAGCAUGGCCCACGGCCGGUCCCACAAGCGCUCCAGGAGCCGCAGCCGCAGUGGCUCCCGUGGGCCGCCGGAGCAGGGGGAGAGGAGGAGGAGGAGCAGGAGGAAGAGCAGUAAGGACAGUGGAAGGAGCCCAUCUGCCUCAGGCUCUCAGGGCCCUCGGAGCAGCAUGGCCGCCAAUGGGGAAGAGAGAAGCAGGGACAAAGCCCGGAAGAGAAGGCGGCCCAGGUCCUCCUCUUCCUCCUCCUCCUCCACCUCUUCUUCCUCCUCCUCCUCUUCCUCGGGGGCCUCCAGUGGGGGCAGGAAGAAGCACGGGAAGCGUAAGGACAAGAAGAGCUCCAAGAAGAAGGCAAAGAAGAAGCUGAAGAAGAAAAGGAAGAAGAAGAAGAAGGAGAAGGCAGCCAAGGUCAAGGUGGUGGAGGAGAUGCCGGGCCCCUCACUGGACCAGUGGCGGAAAGAACCCCUGGUGGAGAGUGGCCCAGUACUGACAGAUGAGCAGAAGUCCCGUAUCCAGGCCAUGAAGCCAAUGACCAAAGAGGAGUGGGAUGCCCGGCAGAGCAUCAUCCGCAAGGUGGUGGACCCUGAGACAGGUCGUACGAGACUCAUUAAGGGAGAUGGCGAAGUUCUGGAAGAAAUUGUAACCAAAGAGAGACACAAGGAGAUUAACAAGCAAGCCACGAGGGGUGAUGGGCUGACCUUCCAGCUUCGAGCAGGUCUGUUGCAGUAAGACCCCCACAGCCUCCUUCCUUCAGCCUCCUGGUCCCCUGCCUACCCCCAGACUGCUGGUCUCCAUAGACUUGGGGGGCUCCCUGGGAGGGUACCGCUGGUUCACCCAGAUGAGGGGAAUGGUUCCAGCUUGAAGAUGCUGGGCAUUAUCGCUACUCUACCCACUAUCUGAGAACAGCUGCCUAGGCCAGUGUGGGGAGAGGGUUUAUGAGCUCGAACUGGCCCAAGCAAGAAAUGCAUGUUGAUGCCCACCAUCCCUCCAGGAGCUGGACUGCGUCUGCAUUCUCAUUGUCCUCUUCUCCCUCCUGGUGGGGGAGCAUAGGGUCAUCUGACCAGGCCUGGCUGUCCUUGCCCCCAGACUUAGGCCUAAGAAGCUGCCACCCAAGGAAUGGCAAGUGGCAGCCAGGCCUUGGAGGCUGGGCUUUUCUAGAAGGGGCAGGGGAAAGGGCAAGGGCCCCCUGGCUUGGUGGUGCCUUGGUUGCAUGAAGCCAACUCUUGUCCCUUCUGUUUCCCCCCAAGGGGUUCUCCUGACAAUAAAGCCCAACCCAGCCUCA